AUGUCCUUGUCUUCAUCACUUCCUCUCCUUCUCCUGAGUGUGGUGGCAGUGUCUUGCUCUGAAACACAAAAGUGUGAAAAUGUUCCACAGACCUGCCCUGUGAUGGCCUGUGGAGCUCCAGGCAUCAAUGGCUUCCCAGGAAAAGAUGGCCAUGAUGGCGCCAAGGGAGAGAAGGGUGAACCAGGUCAAGGUCUCAGAGGCCUGCAGGGCCCUCCUGGAAAGUUGGGGCCUCCAGGAAUUCAAGGGCUUGCUGGAUUAGCAGGAUCAAAGGGUCAAAAAGGAGACCCUGGAACAUGUCCAGAUUGUAGUGGAUCACCGGUUACUUCACAAAUACAAGCUCUACAAGCAGAAUUGGAGCUUAUCAAAAAGUGGCUGUUCUUCUCUCUGGGCAAAAAAAUUGGGAAGAAGUUCUUCUUGAGCUAUGGUGGAAGUAUGCCUUUUGACAGAGUGAAGGCUGUAUGCACCCAGUUCGGGGCCUCUGUGGCCACCCCCAAGAAUGAGGCAGAAAAUAACGCCAUCAUGCAUGCAACCGGAGGAGAUGCCUUUCUGGGCAUCACAGAUGAGAAGACUGAAGGACAGUUUCUGGAUAUGAAAGGAAAUAAGCAGACUUAUCUCAAUUGGGAGGAUGGUGAACCCAACAAUGUUGGUUCUGGAGAAGACUGUGUGAUGAUCAAGACAAGCGGCAAGUGGAAUGACAUCUCCUGCUCCACUUCCAUAUUGGCAGUCUGUGAGUUCCCUGUUUGA